UUGUUUGCAGAUUAUGGUUCCAUUUAACUUCACAGAGUUCAUUGAUGAGCUAACUUAUCAAGUGAAAAAUAAUAUUAUCCCUAUGAGCAGGAUUAAUGAUGCCGUACAAAGAAUUUUAAGGGUUAAGUUUGUCAUGGGUCUCUUUGAGAAACCAUUGGCUGAUCUCAGCAUGGCCAACCAACUUGGCAGUCAGGAACAUAGAGAAUUAGCGAGAGAAGCUGUGAGGAAAUCACUUGUUCUGCUAAAGAAUGGCAAGUACACUACUGCUAAGCCAUUGCUACCACUUCCUAAGAAAGCGCCAAAGAUACUAGUUGCAGGAAGCCAUGCUGACAACUUGGGCUACCAAUGUGGAGGCUGGACAAUAACAUGGCAGGGUCUUGGUGGGAAUGAUCUCACAACUGGUACCACAAUCCUCAAUGCAGUGAAGAAUACAGUUGAUCCUACCACCCAAGUCGUCUACAAUGAGAAUCCAGAUUCAAACUUUGUCAAAUCCAACAAAUUCUCCUAUGCUAUUGUUGUCGUUGGUGAGCCACCAUAUGCUGAAAUGUAUGGCGAUAGCUCCAAUCUAACUAUAUCUGAACCUGGCCCCAGUACCAUCAACAGUGUGUGUGGAGCUGUCAAAUGUGUCGUCGUUGUUAUAUCUGGGCGCCCUGUUGUGAUCCAGCCCUAUCUUGAAAAAAUAGAUGCUCUUGUUGCUGCAUGGCUUCCAGGAACAGAAGGCCAAGGUGUUGCUGACAAUCUUUUUGGUGACUAUGGGUUCACUGGAAAGCUUGCACGAACAUGGUUCAAGACAGUUGACCAGCUUCCAAUGAACGUUGGCGAUCCACAUUAUGAUCCUCUAUUUCCAUUUGGGUUUGGUAUCACAACUAAACCUGCCGAAAACUAGAAAUUCGCCAAUUUCUGAGUGAUGUCCUGCAUUAUUCACAUCUUGUCCCACUCCUUCGUGGUAAAAAAAACUUGAGGCUGUUUCCCAUCUCCAUGAGGAGCUCUAUAGAGUGUUAAGAAAGAAUAGACAAGGUGCAGAACUGCUCCAAGCUGUAAGAUUCUAAAACCUUUUUGGGUUUUAAUGACUAGCAUCGUAUCUUCAAAAUGAUCCAAGGUCCAGGUUAUGAAGUGAUCAAUUCAAUCUUUUAAUCAAUACACCAUUGUUUUUU